AUGGAAAAGAAACCUUUGCUGGAGUUCAACAUAAUACUGGGACUUGCUCUUACAAGUUUAGCAUUUGCUGCAGGACCAUGGGGACAGAUAUAUGCUAGGAAUCCCAGCAACAGUAUAAGGGACUGUGACAGACAUGGCUGUGGACAUUAUGGAGCUCCGAGACUUGGAGGAAGAAAGCACCUGGGGAUGGACGUAAUAUGCAGAGACAGAUCAACAGUGUAUGCACAUUUUAGUGGCAUUAUUGGGGGACCAGUUAAUGCUUAUAGAAAGAAUAAUGCUAUUAAUAAUGGCCUCUUCCUCCGUGGAUCAGGUUUCUGCACAUAUAUGUUCUACAUCAGGCUGGUUACAUACAGAGUUUGGAUCACAAAGGGGCAAAAACUUGGAGUAAUGCUGCCAAUGCAAAGUGUGUAUCCUGGUAUGAUAUCUCAUGUUCAGGUCCAGAACCGUGAGCAGUCAAACCCCUCUCUUGCUACAGGACAAUGGGCACAAAUCUGCGAUGGGAAUCCUUGGAACAGCAUAAGGGGCUGUGAUAAGUAUGGCUGUGGAUAUUAUGGAGCUCCAAGAAAUGGCAGAAAGCACCUAGCAGUGAUCGUUAAAUGCCAGGACGGAUCAGGAGUGAAUGCUCCUUUUAGUGGCCUGAUUGUGAGAUGCACUAAACCCUUUGGAAAUAAUAAUGCCAUUGAUGAUGGAAUCUUACUCAGUGAAGUAAAAACAGGUUCUUGCAUAAAACUGGCCUUUACCAGGCCGUUGAGAAGCAGAGGCUGGAUCAGGAAGGGAUCUAAAACUGGAGUAAUGCUGCCAAUGCAGAGUGUGUAUCCUGAUAUAAUAUCUCAUGUUCGCAUCCAGAACUGUGACCACUCAAAUCCUACUGGCAACUUAUAAAUGGAAACUUCCAUUUAAUGUAAGUGUACAAAAUCCCAAACAAA